GUGUCAUUAAACCCGGUGAGGAUUCUCAAACAGGAGGCCGAGGAGGAACGGGCGGAACUAGCGCGUUUGAGCAGCUUCGUCGGCGCCAUUGCCAUCGGAGAUUUGGUUAGGAGUACCUUGGGGCCCAAAGGUAUGGAUAAAAUUCUCGUGUCGAGCGGCAGAAACAGCGGAAUGGUAGAAGUCACCAACGACGGAGCUACUAUAUUAAAAUCAGUGGGCGUCGAUAACCCUGCUGCGAAAAUCCUCGUCAACAUGUCAAAGGUACAAGAUGACGAAGUAGGCGAUGGUACCACAUCAGUAACUGUAUUAGCUUCGGAAUUGUUAAAAGAAGCCGAACGCCUAAUCGAGCAAAAGAUCCAUCCGCAGACUAUUAUAGCGGGUUGGAGAAAAUCCGUGGAUAUCGCGAGAAAGGAGCUUUUGGACGCAUCGAAAGACAACAGCGCCAACUUAGAAACGUUCAGAGAAGAUCUGAUGAACAUCGCCCGAACCACAUUGAGCUCGAAAAUUCUAUCUCAACACAAAGAGCACUUUGCGAAGCUCGCUGUCGACGCCGUGCUGAGAUUGAAGGGAUCCGGCGAUUUGCAAGCCAUUCAACUGAUCAAAAAAACCGGCGGUACGUUGCAGGAUUCGUUCCUCGACGAAGGAUUCCUGCUGGACAAGAAACCCGGCGUGCACCAGCCCAAGCGAGUCGAGAACGCUAAAAUCCUGAUCGCCAACACCCCGAUGGACACCGAUAAAAUCAAAGUGUUUGGCUCGCACAUCAAAGUCGACUCGAUGGCCAAAAUCGCCGAAUUGGAGUCCGCCGAGAAGGAUAAAAUGAAAGACAAAGUCAACAAGAUCCUCAAGCACAACGCCAACGUGUUCAUCAACCGGCAACUCAUCUACAACUACCCGGAGCAGUUGUUCGCCGAUGCCGGAGUGAUGGCCAUUGAACACGCCGAUUUCGAUGGCAUCGAAAGACUGGCGCUGGUCACCGGAGGAGAAAUAGUCUCGACGUUCGAUCACCCGGAGCUCGUCAAACUGGGAACUUGCGACGUGAUCGAACAAAUGAUGAUAGGAGAAGAUACGCUGCUGCGUUUCAGCGGAGUAGCUUUGGGGGAGGCCUGCACGAUAGUCAUUCGAGGGGCCACCCAGCAAAUCAUCGACGAAGCGGAUCGCUCCCUGCACGACGCUCUUUGCGUACUAGCCGCAACGGUGAAAGAAAGCAGAAUCGUAUUCGGAGGCGGUUGCAGCGAGACCCUUAUGGCUACGGCCGUGGCCAAAGCGGCCGUUAAUACCGCUGGAAAGGAAGCACUCGCCAUGGACGCCUUCGCUAGAGCUUUGUUACAGCUACCGACCAUCAUCGCUGAUAAUGCCGGUUACGAUUCCGCUCAAUUAAUCAGCGAACUCAAGGCUGCCCACAACAGCGGCCUCAACACUAUGGGUUUGAACAUGGAGAAGGGCGAGUUGGGCGAUAUGCGAGCGUUGGGCAUCACCGAAUCAUUCGUUGUCAAACGACAGGUGUUGAUAUCGGCCGGCGAAGCUGCUGAAAUGAUUCUUCGGGUCGAUAAUAUCAUCAGGGCUGCGCCCAGGAAGCGUACCGAAGACAGGGGAAUGUGUUAG